AUGGCGGAAGAGAAAAUGGAUAUAAUUGCGAUACAAGAAACUCACUCUAAGGAUAAUAAUAUGGCCAACUUUAGUAAUUUCAUAUUAUACAGUUCGGGCACUACUUUAAAUAGCUGGUCAGGGAUCGCCUUUCUGAUUAGCAAGAGAGUACACAAAUUUGUAGAUAAAUUUUUACCCAUUUCCGAAAGAUGUGGCUUGCUGUAUCUAAACACCGGGUUUAAACGAACGAUCCUAAUCAACGUCUACGCCCCUCCUCACAGAAGUGAUAGGCUCUCCUUUCUAGACGAUCUUGAAAACAUUGUCUGCUCACUUCCUAGGGGCCGCAACCUGAUAAUCUUGGACGAUUUAAAUAUUAAAAUUGGGAAAGAGGAGUCCUUUAUAACUGAUGGAGUUAUUGGAAAUGCAGCCAUCCCACAGCCAAAUGGUGAGGAUAGCAGGAAGCUUUUGGAUCUGUGUAAGAGCCUAAACCUUAAAAUUGAAAUACCUUUUUCCUCCAUAGUGAAAGAAACACAUUAA